CUCAGAGAAGUUAUGGCCCAAGAUGGAACAGCAAGUCUGUGGCAGACGAGGUCCAAGAACUCGCUCUCCUGAUGUCUCAGUUGAGAACACGUUCUACUUCGCCACCUGGUCUCCCAGCUACCCAAGGGCAUAUGAACAAUCAGGGAAUUAUUUUGGGGGAUACCAGCAAAGAGAUUUGAAGAUCCUGGAAAUUGGAAAAAACAAUCUGUCUAGGACGGCAGAGAGAGAGAGAGCUGGUCUCAUCCAGGAUGCUCACUCCUGCCCUUGGACGUUGGUACUCCUGGUUCUCAGGCCUCUGAACUUGGACCAGGACUUAACGCCAUCAACUCUCCUGGUUAUACACCACCAGCUUUCUUGGUUCUUCACCUUCAGACAACAGACAGUGGGACUGCUUGACCUCCAUUUCCAAUUCCCAAAAUAAAUCUUCUUAUAUCUGUG